CAUUGGAAGAGGAAGUACGUCAUCCACACCAACUUCAUGUGUUUGACAAUUUAACCGCAUACUUGACUCGACCAUAGAUAAAUCAGCGAAGGAGCUUGAUGUCUUCCAAGAUAGCUCCAAGAAAAUUUAACAUGAUUAUCAACUAAAGCCACAGUCUCGUUUUGCCUCCCCCCCCCUCAUCAAAGCGUAAGUUGGAAUCGCAGAGAAUUAAAAAAUGUCACAGCUGUGUAAGAUUACUAGAAGCGUCUCCGUGACAAUCGCCAAGCAGAUUCAGAUAUGCUCAAGAACGGCGACAUUACAAAGUGAAUCAUGUCCAGGGAUAACAUACCCGAGUUUCAGAAGUAAAAGUUAUACUUCUGGAGGAAAAGGCUACAAAAAGAACAAAUUCAUGAAGCAAAAGUCGAGGAGCAGCACUGAGACUCAGAAGUUAUCAACGAAGCCAACGAGUUUCUUCCAAGGCAAAGGUGCAAUAUUUACCAUUGACAAAUUUAGUGACUUGAUGAAGAAAACAGCUAGCGUGCAGAGUCGUGAAUGGAACAAACCCAGAAUCAUGGAGGGAGUAAGCUACAAGUCAAGAUUCGUAGAAUCAUCAAAGCCCAGUAGAAACACUGAUUCGGCUGUAGAUCAGGUCCCUAUCGAAAGCACCAACAGAAAUAAUAUCAACAAUCAGAAGAAAAAUGCUAAAGAAGCAUUCAAUGACAUAGCAGCUAACGCGGACACUUCUAUUAAAAACAUAACAUCGCAGUCAGCAUCGAGUGUGCCGCAGUCUCAAACAGUGCACCAUCAAACCGACAAGAGUUCCAAACAUCUAGCAGACGAAAGUGACUUGCAGCGCGCUAUAGCGGGGCUCAAGGAAAAGUUCAAUCGAUUAGAGGUUACUAAAAGCAUAAGAGACGAAACAAACAAAAGUAGGACUACAGAAAAGAACACUACUGUUAAUGACAUUCCCGUCAUCAAACCAACAGUUAUAGAACUUGUUAGACACUCUCCAAUCCAUACAUCUGAUAAUUUGAAAGGUAUGCCCAGUUCGAAUAAUUUCAAAUCCAAAGAAUAUGACACAAAUAAAGUGGAUAUUUUGCACAAGCAAAGGGACGUCAUUUUGGGCUCAAACUUCAUACUUAUGGAUCAAAAGUCUUAUAUUAACACGGAAGAAACCAUUAUUCAGCCAUCACCCAAGACACAAUCUGCGCCUAAUUCAGAUAAUGAAAAUGCAGACAAAAAUGUUUUGAAUGAAAAUGUCAAGCAAAGGCCACAGAGCAGUCCACCAAUGAAAGGUUUUACUGUGGAUGGCCCAAAUGUCGUGCUUGUGGAUCAGAAGCCAUCUUUAAUGUCUGAGAAAUCUAGUCAAGACUCUAAAUUGAGACAAAAGUCUACUAGUACUGGACCAAUUAUAACAAACAGUACAGAUAGCAUAUCGCAGGGAAACAAUGAAAGUUUUAUAUUAGUGGAUAAUGUCGAGAGAACAAUGAUCAAGAAAUAUGGCAGAGACCAACGAAACUUUGUGUUGAAGAACGACAAUCCGCACGUGGCCACGAAAUAUAAAAAUGAUGCUAAAAAUUCUAACAGAAACGAAACAAAGACGAGUUUAGCACUAAAUAGAGUGGCAUCUGACGCGGGUGGCACUCCUGCCGGUUCAGGUAAAGUAACCAGUGCACAUCUCAAGGCCGAAGGAGAGAAGGUCAGGCAGAAGUUACAUAAAAACGUGAAGGAAAUUAGAAAUGCAAACACAUCACCGACGAAUGAACUGGCCAGCCAGAAAUGUGGCGAUGCCUCAGUGAAGUCAUUUGAAUCAGUUAUCAAGGACAAUAAAAAUGUAAUUAAAUCAAUUCAACAAGAAAAACAAAAACUGCAGUCUCCGCCAUUCAUGGGUCCUCUGACAAAAGAACAAACCGAACUCAUUGAACAUUUCAAAGACUCAGAGUCCAAACCUAUUAGUUUUAGAACAAAGUCCACUUCGAAAAAAACAAGUGAAUCUCCCAGUUUAGAUCAGACCAAAUUACCAAUAGAUCAACGCAGAGAAAAAGUACAGCCCAGCGUUGGCCAAAUAAAAAAGCAGUCCAGUUCGGACCACUGCAAGGAUUCGCAAACAAAAACACCAAAAGUGUCAGUGCUAGAGUUGAAGCCAGACACGAAAGGCACGAAACCAACAGAACACAACUCAGUUCGGAGCCCAAGAAAAAAAGAAGACUGCGCACCAUUGCUUUAUGUCAAACCUAAAGAAUUAACAACGAAACAAAAAUCCAAAAUUGAGAAUGUAGAACGCGGAAAGUCCAAGAAUCGAAACGAGUCUUUUAGAGCACACGACGCCAAACUAGAGAUCGAAAACAAAACCGAUGUCGUGAACUUUGAUAAGUGGUCCAAGAUGUUGCUUCAGAGAGUAUCAAGAUACCAGGAGCUGGUGGCAGCACAAGCAAGCCGAUCCAAUGCGAAAACUGUGAACGCAGAAAAAUUAACUGAAAAUAAGUCGCCUUUCAAACUAUCGCUUUCUUCACCUCCCUCUACCAAAGAAACCUCACUCAGAGAACAUGGAGAUAAAAUAGAGAAAAGUCUCAGAGCGGGAGUAGAUGAAAUACGAUUAAAACAAACACAAGAGCUAAAGAAAGAUAUUCAGUCCAAAUGGUCUCAUAUGUUUAAAAGUAAACUUAAUAGCAGUGGAAAAUCGGAUAUUCCCAGCAAAAUUAGCGUAAAUGAAAUUAAAAAUAAAUUCGAGCGCCAAAAUUCAAAGUUUUUAUCCGAAAGAGGCUUGGACAAAGAAAGCUUUAUUAAAAGCACGCCCAUGGAUACAAAACCAGUACCAAGUAAAAGAUCCACCAAUGAGGACAUAAGUCAGUCUUCGUCACAACAGUCUAAAGAUAACAUAGCCAAACAAAGCGUCAGGAAAGCAAUACUAAAUGACAGCUACCCGAUUGAACCAGACAGUAAAUGGAAGAAAAUUCGUCAAGCAAUUUUCAACGAGGAUGUCAAAAAGUCCAAAAACGAAGGGAACAAAUUGCACGUUUUUGAUGCCGCGAAGAGAGUUAAAAAUGGACUUACACUUCAAGAGCUCAACGUCAAUCCGAAACAAAUAUCACCGAAGCCAGUUAAGAUCGAUAAAGAAUCAGCCUCUAAAAUUGGUAAGACUUCUGUGGGUCAUAACCACAUUAAAGCAACCAAAGCCAAAACUCUGCCAAUCAAACCAGCAGGUGUUUUACUUGGCAAGGACAGCAACUUUUGUAACGGCAGUAACCGUGGGACGAACUUCCUGGCAAAGUCUGAGACCUCUUUAGAUGAACUAAAAUCUCAAAGGCCGCGAUACCUAACAGAAAAGAACCAACCCGUGGAAGCCAAAGGUAGAAGCAAAGGGUCAGCUACGGCUCGAUCGAUGACCAGAAAUGCCAGCUUCAAGAGUGCCAGUAGUUUGUCCCUGCAAUCUGAACAAACAGAUGCACCUAGGAAUACAUGUGAUACUUGUUCCGGGAGACCCAGACCCAAGGCUGCUGCGGACGACUCUCGUGAAGGUCUGGCCACACUUGGUGAAGUGGACGUGAGUCUAACCUUGAAGCAGCUGCAGGGCACGCUAGACAAACAAAAGCAAAUACUUCAAGAUUAUGAGAAAAAUGUUGAAAAGUACGAGCUCGCCUUGAAGAGAUACAAAGCCAUGCUGUCACUUGCUCAAAAGUGUAAGCCGGAAAUCAACGAAACAAAGAAAGUGAAAAAAUGAUCGAGUUGAAAACGAGGCUAUGUUACAAAUUAUCAUUUCGAAUGGAGGACCAUGAUGGGGGGGAGCUCAUUCAUCUUACCAUCACAUUGAACACAGAAUACAAGAUUUGUGAGAACAUUAGCAAAGAGCGGAGGAUCAAAAAGUUUGUGUGUGAGCUGCUGAAAAGACGCCAGAACUUUCUUUGCUGAAUGGUGCAUAUAUGAAGUGGUAUGAUUGUUUCAGAAGACAUCAUUGAAAAACAUUUUUUUUUUCUAAUCAAUAAAAGGUGCAAACUACAUCAAAGAGAAGACAA